UCUCUCUCUCUCUCUCUUUCCCACCACUCCAAGAGCAGCAUGAAUAAUCCAUGCGCGGGAAGGAGCUGCCGCAGCAAGGCGAGCGGCGCACGUAUACACGCGCACACGCCUUCUCUCAGACGCACGCGCAUGCACAGCCGGGAGGUGCGCGCGUGGUGAUUCUGCAGCCGCUCUCCAUCCUUCCCCUCUGUCUGUCUGGGGCACGACGGUGGUCCUUCUCUCUCUCUCUCUGUCUCUCUCUCUCCUUCUUCCCUCUUUCCGUCUUCUGCCAUGUUCUGCUUCUGCCUGCAGAGCUCGUUGCUGAAGCUGCAGGCUCUGGAGGAGGACUCCAGCCCCCCUCAGGGUCGCUCACCCGAAGACAGCCCGCCUGGCCUGGGCUUCAAGGAGGAGAGCCAGCCCCCCUCACGCGCCAGCCAGAGAGAGGACAGUAGCCCGCAAGACCCCAGGCAGGCUGAGAGCGACUGCAUUGAACCCCAGCAGAGUCCGGGCCCGAGUCGGCUCAUCUACUCCAUCACGGACGGGAACAGCCCCCUGCCCUCCCCCCGCUGCGCCAGCCUCAGCCUCAGCCAGAGAUUCAACACAGAUCCAGAGAGUGCACCAUCACCUCCCUGCUCUCAGCACGUUAUCAUGCCUCGUGCUGUGGUCAGACCAGUGACUGCUGAUGACGCUAAAGAUGCUCCAUCCAUCCCGCUUCUCACCAAACACAUCCAAACCCUCAAGAGGAAAAUCCGCAAGUUUGAGGAGCGCUUCGAGCAAGAGAUGAACUACAAGCCCUCCCACAAUGACAAGUCCGCCAAUCCAGAGAUGUUUAAACUCAUGACUGAACUGGCCAGGUCUCGCAAGCAGCUCAAAGAUUUGAAGCUGAGGCAGUCUGUGGAGGAGUCUCGAGGCCAGGAAAACGGUGAGCCCACUGACGUCUGCAGGUACUCCAACGGGCAGCAGGAGGCGACAGAGCUGCAGCAGCACAAGCCCUCUCUGGAGGAGUCAGUGGACCUGCUGCUGAUGAGGCUGAGGGAGAAACGCCAAGCCCUGGGCCUACCAGACAACAUGAAGGAGAUGACCCACAGGCAGAUGGCUCUGGAGAAGCUCACGCUGCAAAAAUGCCUGCUGUAUUUCGAGAGUCUGCACGGACGCCCUGGCACCAAGCAGGAGAAGAACCUGGUGAAGCCUCUUUAUGACCGAUACCAGAUGGUCAAGCACCUUCUGUGCAUCACUCCUACAAUAACCACCAUAGUUAAGGAGGAAGAGGAAGGAUCUGAUGAAGAUUAUGCGCAGCAAACGCCGCCGGUCCCACGGCAACCCACGCCAGAGUCAGUGGAUGAGGACGAGGAGGAAGGGGACAGCGACCCGGCCUUCGUCUCUCCACUAGAUGAAGUGAAAGCAAUGCAAAAGCCAGCCAUCACCAUGUCCAACCUGCAUGCGGCUUCCAGGUCUGAGCUGCUGGAGUGUCUGCGAGAGACUCGAGUGGAGAAGAAGAGGAGACGGAAAGCCAUCAGAGAGUUCGAGGAACAGUUCUUCAGGCAGAUGGGCAGGACUGCACAAAAGGAUGACCGGAUUCCGAUGGCGGAGGAGUACCAGGAGUACAAAAGCCUCAAAGCCAAACUGCGCUUGCUGGAGGUUCUGCUCAGCAAACAGGAAACCACAAAGACUAUGUGAAAUGUGCAUAUAUAUCCCUGUUUGCCUUUCAGUACAGACCCAGAUGUUUGGACCAAAACAUGUUCUUUUGUUUUCUUACAUUUGAUGUGCUCGUGCCAUAAUAACACUACAAUGCACUUUAACAUUGACUCUAUUUUAAGCUGCCCAUAUGCCCCAUACAUAGGGUCAGUUUCCCAGACCCAGAAUAAGCAUGCAAUUUAGUGCAAGACUAGGCUUUAUCCUGUCUGGGAAACCAGCCCAUAGGGUUUUAUCUGAAUCUAAGAGAAAGCCUGUACAUGGCUACUGCAUGACGUACCAUAUAAAUACAGGUGUCUGUUCUGUAUUGUGCUGAUACUUCAUUCCGACCUCAGUGGAUACCGACAGCUUGUGUGUAUUUUGAAUAGAAAAAGAAAAGAAAAAAACAACAGAAAGGUGUUUAUCGGGGCUAUGCUUAUGAAAUAUGGCACUUUACAGUGUUUUUUUCGAAGAGAUUUCUUUCUUUUGAUAACCAAAGCCUGAAUGAAUAUGCAAUUUUGUUUUCUCAGUUUCUUGUUCUGAUCUGAGUUUGUGUCCUUAAUGGCAUGACAGUCAGCCUGGGGUCCUCAGGGGUCUGUGAUUAGGGGCUUUAACCAAGUCUAGCGCCCAGUUCCUAAUGCUAAAUGUGGAAUAUAACCCAGAGCACUUAGAAUUACAAUCAUAUGCAAACUCAGUAGCUCCCUGAAACAAACAGUGCUGUCAAUGGCAAUCGAUGCAGAACAUGAAUGAUGUGCGGAAUGGAUCUACCUACUUCGCCAUAAUGAAGGAAAGCAACCGGAAUGACCGCAGCACAAAAAGAGAAGCAUUGCUAGUACAGUCCCUCUGAAGGACAAGCUAAAUGGCAAAGAAAGCAGGUUUUUAAGAAACAUUUUGCCCCCGAGAGACAGACGAGCAGCGUCACUCUGCUCUACCAUGAAGCUCAAUGGUCCUCAUUUUUUACACUCCAACAUUUUGAAAUGAGCCGUCCGUUUCAAUACUGGCUGGAACAUGUGCUCGUCCACAUGGCCUCAGCAUAUCCGCUCUGGGGAAGCCUGAAUGCCACCCUAAAGGCCGUGCCAUUACUUUAUUAACUGAAGUUUGUUAGAUGAGCUGCACACCUGUCAACCUUAGCAGCAGAACUUGCCCAGAAGUCUUUGACACAUUUCCAAUUCAAAACUAGCACAAACUGGGCAAAGAUGUUUAUAAGCCAAAGCAGACGUAAUUUAAUAUGCUUGUUAUUUCAAAACCAUAGCAUUCAAUUUGCUCAGCUUGACUGCUGCUGCAGCUUCAUCAUGUUGCUCUGCUAGCUUGCUGGGUAGAAAGCCAAAGGCUGCACAGUUAAUAACAACAAAUUUAAAGGCAAUAUACAUUUAUAGUUAUUCACAAGUUUUAUGUACGUUAUGUUCAUCGUUUUGCAUUGCAAAGUUUGCAUGGAUAGCUGAUUAGUAUACUGAGGAUAACCUAGCUGAGGGUCCUUCCUCCCCUUCUACUGAGGGGCCACCUGUGUGUAACGUAGGUGCAGCGCACUUCCGAGGGGUGAGACGAGGUCGGCGAG